AUGGGACCCCCUUCUCCUCCCAUGGCCUGUACCUGUCCCCCCCCAGGAUCCUACACUGUGGUCAUUAUUCCCCUGAGAAGCAGCCUGUACAGCCUGGAUGCACUGCGCUUCUACCUGUGGAUAAAGCGUUUGAAGGAGUUAGAGCAGGAGAAGGACGCCCUGUGGUGUGGUCUGGACAUCCUGGAGAAGGCCAAACUCUGGUAUCUCCAGAGGCUCCAGGAAAAUAAGCAGAGACAGCACAGCUCAUCCCCCAGACACUGCUCAGAGGCGGACUCGUGUCUUGUGAGGUGUCGGAUCCAGAGGGCUAACGGUUCUCUGGGUUGUGUGAUGAAUGAGCCCAAUGUGACCAGCAGCACACACUCACUGCCUGAAGCUGUGGACGACAGCGACCUCCGCUGGCACAACACGCUACUGACUAAGGAGGUUAGUGAGAUGAAUCAUAAAAUUAGUUUGCUGAAAAUGGAGAAAGACACUCUCUUGGAACAACUGGAGGAUCUCAGGACCCACUGGCAAUGA